GUAGAUUGCAGCCCUCGACUUACGACAUACGGUACGAUGCGAUCACUAUCAAUAAUUUGAAUGGAAACCUUCCAAAACAGCAGAACAAGGUAAUUCACUGACAGCAGACUCGUCAUCGUCGCACUAUUUAAUCGAUUGCCAAGUAGAGGUGUUGGARGAAACCACAGGUUCAGGUUGCUUUCAUUUGAUUUGCAUCGCAGACAGUCUUCMAAGGAGCUUGAAGUAAAGGUUUGGGAUUAUAAGACAGAAUAGGUUUUGUCUGCAUUACAGCGCGUCUUUCAAUCAGCGUUUAGUGCAGUUGUUCAAACAGAACACAGGAUUAGUCUCACAAAUAUCUCAGCCAACCUGAAAAUUAGCGAAUUUACCCUGGAAAGGGCUGACCAUAAUACUAUUAUCGCCACAUGCUAAUCGUUUAGUUUGGUGUUUGGUUCUUUAUCAUAAAAAACAACGAAGGCGUGUACGAAACACCAACGAACUACCCGACAUUCAAUUAUACAUUCGAUAUAUACAACGAACAACAAAAUGGCGCCCAACAUGGAUCGCAACAACGCGUAUGCUGUGCCAUCCUCUUUCAGCAACAGCAGCAACAAAAAGAGCAGUCACAUGGAUGACAUACUCCGGGAGAACAAACAGGGCAUGGACCCAAACGCUGUGGAUAAACUUCUUACUCAAGAAUUGCUGUCCCUAUCUGUCAGGGAUAGAAACGACAUUCAGGAAGAAAUACACGGCGUUAAGUGCCUGGCGAUGGACGAAACCCCAGAGCUGAUCGAGCGAUCCCUGCGCGAGUUAGAAACCGAGCUGGAGGAGCGAAUACCAGACCGGAAGAAACAGGCGUACCUCAAGAGCAAGCAGCAAGUGACUAACCAACUUGUGACACAGGAACCAUCUCUGAACAGCGGCUCGGGUCAUAUGUCGGAUCCUGGAUCCCUCCAAUUCGUACCACAGCAAAGCGCUCAUCUUUCUUCGUCCUAUGUCAACGAGGACGAAUUUCGUCUGCGUUUCUUGCGGUGUGAUUGCUUCAACGUUGCAAAGGCCGCCAAGCGGCUAGUCAAAUAUCUCGACUUGCUGGUGGACYUGUUUGGUGAAAUCGCUUUGCAAAGGCCCAUUCGGUUGUCAGACUUUACCAAGGACGAACUUAGGGAUAUGCGCAAGGGGAUGAUCCAGCUGCUKCCGUUCCGGGACCGGAGCGGACGCCGGAUCGUGGUAUUCUUUCCGGAGGAAGAGCGAUCGCAGAUUCCGCCCAUCACUAAGGUGAGCAAUGCGAUGUAAUUCUAUUCUCUUAAAUACCUGUAUCACUAUGAAAUUGUCUAGUGUUGGAAGUAUCRAUCCGACCUUACACAUUUUUUCUYCUCRUUACGUUGUUUUGUACCUUACUUGUUAUUCCUUUCUUGCCUAUAAAAUGAAUCAAAACGCGGUACAAAAACACCCUCCGAAUGAACAAUCAAAAUACAGGCCAGGAUAGCCAUGUACAUGGGGUGGGUGGCCGGAUCAAACGAUGUCAUCACCCAGCGAAAGGGACUGGUCGUCAUGGCCUGGUUAGACAAAUCAUUUGUCGAACGAAACCAGUCCUGGAACAUUAAGUACAAGUUCUACGAAAUGGUUUCCACAAGGAUAAGUGCCAUUCACAUGUGUAGUCCAGACACGCCUCACUACCGCUUUCGGCGGGCUGUGGGGACGAUGCGAUGCGGGGUCGAGUACCUUUCGAAGCUCAAUUUUCACCUGGGUGAAUCAGUUGAGGUGCAUUACAAGCUGCAGGGAUACGGUAUCCCCACGGAGCACAUUCCCAUUUCCUGGACUGGCAAAAUCAAACUUCAAUACCUGAAGCAGUGGAUGCGGAUCCGKCAAGCUAUCGAGAACCCCGAAAUAUGCAGCAACGAGGAUGAGGACGACAACAGGAGCAGUAGUACCAGAAACAUMGAGGGAGCAAGUGACGGCAAUAGYAACACCACCAACAACUCCAACAUCAUCGAGUGUCCACAGUUUCAAGACGUCAUUUUUCGGCAGGGGACCUCUGGGAUGUGCCACCCUGGCAACGUGACUUUUCGGAGUCUGAUCGAAUCCGUCAUAAUGCAGGAGGAAGAAUCCCAGCGCCUGCAGAAACAACUCGAGCAUAUGAUGGAGCGAAACAACGAAACAAUGAACACUACUAACACAAAGAAGAGCAAAAACAAAAAGGUCAAGAGAAAAAUCAAGCGGCCCAAGCAACUCGCGCUUGAGAUAUACGAGGAGCGGCAGCGAACCAUUCAUGCUGCCGAUGACAACGAGACGGCGAAGUUGAACAGUACCACCGGUCGAUAUUUGAUCUGGAACAACGCUAAAGGUUGGUGGAACGAGAUCUGCGAUCGAGAACAGAUUUUGAUGAAGAUCGAGUAUAUGGUCCGGGAAUUUCAGAAAUCGUCCUCCUCUAAAUUAUCUAGGAGCAGUCUUCGCAAAAAWAAAAACAGUUYGGAUUCUGKUCAUAACCACAGGAAAAAUUGCCAAGAAUCAGUACAGCUCGAGAGCGAAACGAAUUUGUUCCGGGCGCAGGGCGGAGGCGGACUUUGCACCGUUCGAUCAGAUUCCGAGGAGGAAAACAACUAUCAACACCAUACAAAAAACAUCCAUAACAACAACAAACGACAACGACUGAGCCUUGUGAGUCUGAGUAGCCACGAAGAUAGUUAUGAAUUCGAAUCUACCGAUACUAUAUGCAACGCGGAAUGUUUUGGUAUGAAGUUUUCACAUUUUCUAACCUAGAAAGUAAUGAAUGUAUAAUAAAACCUAUUCCAUCAGGGAUCUGAACUAAAUUAUAGCUAGAAUA